UGGUCGUUACCGCGGCUGCCGAGUCAGAGCUGUGUUUGUACAACAGGCUGAAGUGGAGACGCUUUUUCAACCAGCACUUUUUAUUGUGUAAUUUAUGGUUGAGGUGACUUAUUUAUGUGGGGAAUCAAUCUCGGUGCUACUUGGCAACGGUCACCCGCGCCAUCACUCACUCUAUUUUUAGCCGUCCACUGAACACCAGUCGUCUCCUGUGCAGAUCCACCCACGGUGACCUUGUCCAUCGAACCCCGCUCCGUCCUGGAGGGGGAGAGAGUCACCUUCACCUGCCAGGCCACGGCCAACCCCCCCAUCAUGGGCUACAGAUGGGCUAAAGGUGGCGUACUGCUAGAGGGAGCCAGAGAGAGCGUGUUUGUCACCACGGCGGAUCACUCCUUCUUCACUGAGCCUGUGUCGUGUCAGGUGUUCAAUGCUGUGGGAAACACCAACGUCAGCAUCCUGGUGGACGUGCACUUCGGUCCGAUCCUUGUUGUGGAGCCCAGACCUGUUACAGUGGAUGUGGACUCUGACGUCACACUGAACUGCAAGUGGUCCGGAAACCCACCUUUGACCCUCACCUGGACCAAAAAGGGCUCCAGCAUGGUGAGAGGAACCUAAACCUGCGUCUCGACCUCUGACCCC